AUGCUCGCGAACGCCAGGUCGCUGCCCUGCUGCGCGGGCGCGCGGCGCGCGUCGCGCCAGGCCGAUGCGCGUCGUCCACGCGCGGCGCCCGUCCGGGCCCAGGCGGCGAGCUCCCCGGUCGCUGGCGCCCCCAAUGCGGAGGUUCCGGAGGGCUACGAGGUGACCCAGCAGACGGUCCACGACUUCGUCCACGGCUACCGCACUCUCCGCGACGAGAUGCACUACGAAGUCGACCCGGCGUGGAUCGAGGGCGAGAUCCCCAAGGAGAUCACUGGCACGCUGCUGCGCAACGGCCCGGCGCUGUUAGACUACGGGCCAGGCGAGCGCCUGAACCAGCCGUUCGACGGCGACGGCAUGGCGUGGUCGUUCGCGUUCCGCGACGGCCGCGUCGUCGUGCGCAACAAGUUCGUCCGGACCAAGGGCUUCCUGGAGGAUCAGGCGGCGGGGAAGUUCGUUGCGCCCAGCGUGUUCAGCACGCCCUCGGGCGGCCUCGCGCUCAACCUGGAGUUCGGGCCGUUCAAGAACCCCGCGAACACCGGCAUCCUCCACUGGAACGGGGAGGUGUUGACGUUCAAUGAGUCAGGUCUGCCGCACGCGCUCGACCCGAUCACGCUGGACACCAAGGGCGAGACGGACCUCGGUGGCGCGAUCAAGGAGGGCCCGUUCCACGCGCACUACCGCAUCGUCCCGGAGGCCGACGGGCGGAGGACCUUCGUGGGCGUCGGCGUGGUGCAGCGCGGGCUGGACGGCGAGAUCGUGCUGUACGAGUUCAACGAGGACGGCACGCGCGCGCGUCCGGGCGUGUCGCACGUCGCCAAGGGGGGGGGUCUCGGGUUCUUCCAUGACAUGUGCGUCACGGAGAACUACUACGUGUUGGUGCAGAACCCGACGACGCUGGACCUCUGGAAGCUCGCGACGGAGUACAUCACGAACCGCGCGUGCCUCGCGGAGUGCAUCGUCGCGCAGGACGGCAAGCCCAUGAAGCUCAUCGCCAUCCCGCGCCCUGGCGGGGCGGCGGCGGGCAAGGAGGCUGUGGAGAUCGAGAUGGAUCCGGGCUUCGUGUUCCACCACGUGAACGCGUACGAGCUCGGCGGCAGCCUGGUCCUCGACACGCUCCCGUCGCCGACCAUCUCCUUCGAGAACAACAUGGACUCCGUCGGGCCCGAGUUCUACGAGGGCCAGCAGCGCACGGAGUACCGCCGGUACGUCUUCGACCUCGAGGCGCGCACACUCAACGAGGCGGUGUGCGGGUGGCCGCUGGUGCCGCGCACCGUGGAGUUCCCCAUCGUCGCGCCGUCCGUCGUCGGCCGCCCGCACACGCACGCCUACGCGGGCUGCUCGGCCAUCGCCGACGGCACGCGGUCCCGGUUCGGGCCCAACCAGGGGUGGGUGAAGAUCACGUGCGACCCCGCGAACGGCGUCGUGUCGGACGGCGCGGGGCCCGCGGUGUGCGACCGCGCGGCCGUGAAGGAGGACGUGUGGCUCGCGGGGCCGCGGCGGUUCCCGAUGGAGCCCGCGUUUGUGCCGCGGCGGGGCGCGGCGAGCGAGGACGACGGUUGGCUGAUGGGGCUGGUGCACGACGCGGAGACGCAGACGGCGGACCUGUGCAUCCUCGACGCGAAGGACCUCGCGGCGGGGCCCGUGGCGCGCGUGCGGCUGCCGCACGCCGUGCCCAUGCAGCUCCACGGGUCCUGGACGGACGCGCACCUGGUCGGAGAGGGCGACGGAGCCGCGGCGCCCGCGGUCGGAGGGCCGCACGUCGUCAACCGGGUGCGCUAG